AUGUGCAGUGGAAAUGAGUCUACAAUUAGAGAGUGUGGAGGAAGACCUGGUGUCUGUAAUGUUGGAUAUUAUCAUCAUGUGAUCUGUUCAGAGUCUGUGCAGCUUGUGGAUGGAGAUGGUCUCUGCUCUGGGAGACUGGAGGUGAAGUCCAAUCAGUCCUGGGCCUCAGUGUGUGAAGCUGACUUUGACCAGCAGGAUGCAGAGGUAGUCUGUGGGGAGCUUGGCUGUGGGGCUCCUGCAGCUCUACAGGGGGGGCUCUAUGGAGAAGGUGGGGGUCAGACCUGGGAUAAAGAGUUCCAGUGUAAAGGCAAUGAGUCCCUUCUCCUGGACUGUGACACCUCAGACAGAAAAAACAACACCUGCCUACCUGGUAAUGCUGUUGGACUCACCUGCUCAGAGCCUGAUGAUGUGAGGCUGGUGGGAGGAGGCAGUCGCUGUGCUGGUGGAGUGGAGCGGUACAACCAGGGAGAGUGGAGGACUCUGGGAGGUGAUUACGGGAACAAGGAGGCUGUAGCUGCAGUAGUGUGUAGACAGCUGGGUUGUGGCUCCACUGUUUCAUUACUAGCUGGAAACACCACUGGAGGGAUUGGAGUUCGUUGUUCUGGGUCUGAGCCUUCACUGAGGGAGUGUGGGACAUCGUUUUUAACUUAUUAUGUCGUUCCUGGAUUCACAGUGAUCUGCUCAGAUGACUCCCACCAAGGGAACUACAGCUGUGUUUAUGACAAUUAUGUUUUCUCUCAUAACUUCUCCUCUGAAAGUGAGCUCCUCAACCUCACCGUCACAGCCUCUCCUCUGCCAGCCUUCAUCAUCAGACACGUUGUAGUGCUGCUGAUCCUACUGACAGCCAUCACCACCAUCUACCUGUACUACAAGACCACCAGGAGGCAGAAGAGAGUGAACAGGGUGAGCAGCAUGGAUCUUUAUGUUGAUGCCAAUGCCAUGGAGAUGGUCUCUCUGAGCUCCAGAGCUGAAGCUGGACCGGGAGAGGAGAGAGCAGCCCAGGGGACUGAGUAGGAGUAGAAUGAUGCUGACCCUACAUGCUGAUCUUAGGUCAGUUUUGUGUUUUAAAUCUAUGGUCAGCAGUGGACUGGUGUUUAAAAUGUGGUGACAAACCUUAAGUGGUUCUAAUUUUAA